CCGGGCCGACCGGGCCUGCGGGCGCCCGAGUGGCUUCGCGUGAGCCUCGGGGGCUCCCGGGCGGCGCGCUGCAUUGUGGGGUGGCGGUGGCGGCGGCGGCUGCGACGCUGAGCCGGGCGCCUGAGCGUUCGCGGGGCCGAGGCCAUGGCUUUCUGGGCUGGGGGUUCGCCCAGCAUCGUGGACUAUUUCCCCAGCGAGGACUUCUACCGCUGCGGCUACUGCAAGAACGAGUCGGGCAGCCGCUCCAAUGGCAUGUGGGCACAUUCCAUGACAGUACAGGAUUAUCAGGAUCUCAUAGACCGAGGAUGGCGAAGAAGUGGAAAAUAUGUGUACAAACCUGUCAUGAAUCAAACAUGUUGUCCUCAGUACACAAUAAGGUGCCGACCUUUACAGUUUCAGCCUUCAAAAUCUCACAAGAAGGUUUUGAAAAAAAUGUUGAAAUUUCUGGCUAAAGGGGAGGUUCCCAAAGGAAGUUGUGAGGAUGAGCCCAUGGACUCCACAAUGGAUGAUGCUGUUGCGGGUGACUUUGCAUUGAUAAAUAAAUUGGAUAUACAGUGUGAUCUUAAGACGCUCAGUGAUGACGUCAAAGAGAGUUUACAGAGUGAAGGAAAAAAUUCAAAGAAGGAAGAACCUCAUGAAUUACUUCAGUCACAAGAUUCCGUAGGAGAGAAGUUGGGCUCUGGUGAACCAUCACAUUCAGUUAAAGUUCACACAGUUCCUAAGCCAGGCAAAGGGGCUGAUUUGAGUAAGCCUCCAUGUCGAAAAGCAAAAGAAAUCCGGAAAGAAAGGAAAAGGUUAAAACUCAUGCAGCAGAACCCAGCUGGAGAACUUGAGGGUUUCCAGGCUCAAGGUCACCCACCAUCUUUGUUUCCACCAAAGGCUAAAUCCAACCAGCCCAAAUCACUCGAAGAUUUAAUUUUUGAAUCUUUACCAGAGAAUGCAUCACACAAGUUAGAGGUGAGGGUGGUGAGAUCAUCUCCACCAAGUUCGCAGUUCAAAGCCACACUUCUGGAGUCUUACCAGGUCUAUAAACGUUACCAGAUGGUUAUUCACAAGAACUCACCUGAUACGCCAACCGAGAGCCAGUUCACAAGAUUCCUUUGCAGUUCACCCUUGGAGGCAGAGACUCCCCCUAAUGGGCCAGAUUGUGGCUAUGGCUCCUUUCACCAGCAGUACUGGCUUGAUGGAAAGAUCAUUGCUGUGGGGGUGAUUGACAUUCUCCCAAACUGUGUGUCAUCUGUGUAUUUGUACUACGAUCCUGAUUAUUCGUUUUUGUCUUUGGGUGUCUACUCUGCACUACGAGAAAUUGCUUUUACUAGGCAGCUUCAUGAGAAAACUUCUCAACUCAGCUAUUAUUAUAUGGGUUUCUACAUUCAUUCGUGUCCCAAGAUGAAAUAUAAGGGUCAGUAUAGACCUUCUGAUUUGCUGUGCCCCGAGACAUAUGUUUGGGUCCCCAUUGAGCAAUGCCUGCCCUCACUUGAAAACUCCAAGUACUGCCGUUUCAACCAGGACCCAGAAGCAGUGGAUGAAGAUCGCAGCACGGAACCUGACCGAUUGCAGGUGUUUCACAAGAGAGCCAUCAUGCCUUACGGUGUUUAUAAGAAACAGCAGAAAGACCCGAGUGAGGAGGCCGCUGUUCUGCAGUACGCCAGCCUGGUGGGGCAGAAGUGCUCCGAGCGGAUGCUGCUGUUCAGAAACUGACCUGUUCGCCUCUGCCGGGGCUUCCCGUGUUGUGCUGAUGGUUUGUGUCAGGGUACUUACUCAGUACCUGUGGAGAAGUAACUGUCACCACCCACAAAUUAAGACAGUUUUUAUUUUGACUAUCUAUGGCUUUUAAAAUAUAUUUUGUGGCAAUGUAUCUGUGAGAAUCUCAUGGUUAAUAUAAAGAUUUUAAAACUGUGUUGUGACCUAGCCCCCAUAAUUGGGGUUUAUCAUUUUGGAGGUUUCUUUCUAGAGCAAGAUAUGCUCAGAUUCUCCUGUUUAAAUUUUGUAAAAUGAAGAAGUGAAUCUAAGUAACUUAAUCACAGUUGUGCAUUUUUUUUUUUGGUUCUGUUAAAGAAAUUAAAACAGACUGUUUCCUCAGGCCCAUUUUAAACAUGAACUUAUGUUAGGAAACCUUAAGUAUGGGGAAGGUAGAAAGUUUGUUUCAUCACUUAGAAAAUGUGUCUUCUCAAGAACAAAACUGUGUGCUGUUACUCAGUGUUCAAUAUUAAAUUGCUGCCAAAUGUUAUGUAGUUUAAUAGAGAACUUGAAAAAAUAAAACAUUAAAAAGGAUCUUGUGUUAGCAUCAGGUAUCCAUUUGUUCAGGACAGUCCUGUUCAUGUCUGUUGUCUUGGCAUAGUUUUUUCCCCUAGAACAUAGUAUUCCCUUUUACUCUAAAAAAUAUCCCAGUUUGGACAAUAAAAUACAUAAUUACUCUAGUUAUAUUAUUUGCUUUAUUUCUAAAAAUGUAAGAAACUAAAUUUUUAAAAGAAAAACAUUGGUUCCUGCCUUGAUCUAAGCCUCAUCCAAAGGAAAUAGUCCCUAGUUUUUUAUCUUACAACUCAGGACAUUUGUCUUUGGUUGUUAGUGGAAAUUAGUUAGUAUGUGAUCACUUUCAUAGUUCUGCCCAAAUCACAUGUAAGAAGGAAUCAUUCUGACCUCUGUUCCAGGACAAGAGCUAGAACAAUCCAUUUCUUGCCCUUUGAUGUGAGAGUCAGAGUCAGGGUGGCUUCUGCCCCCCUGAGUAACUCAGAGCAGAUCAGAGUGGAGGCCAGCCCCCUCCUUCCCUCUCACUCAGAGCGGAGGCCAGCCCCCUCCUUCCCUCUCACUCAGAGCGGAGGCCAGCCCCCUCCUUCCCUCUCACUCAGAGCGGAGGCCAGCCCCCUCCUUCCCUCUCACUCAGAGCGGAGGCCAGCCCCCUCCUUCCCUCUCACUCAGAGCGGAGGCCAGCCCCCUCCUUCCCUCUCACUCAGAGCGGAGGCCAGCCCCCUCCUUCCCUCUCACUCAGAGCGGAGGCCAGCCCCCUCCUUCCCUCUCACUCAGAGCGGAGGCCAGCCCGCUCCUUCCCUCUCAGAGGCCAGCCGCCUCCUUCCCUAUCACUUUCUUUUGCUGAGUCCUUUGCCCGCCUGUCAAGGUGGCAGGCACUGUGCUGGGUACAGGAGGAGGAGAGUCAGACAUGUCCCUUAGCUAUAGUCAAGCUGUCUGGGAAACAGGAUGAAGAACAGAGGAGGGUUAUUUUCUUGUUCCCUCUUUGUCAGCUGAUCUCCUUUUCUGCUACCAGCUGUUUGGCCAGCAAGCCCUUUUUAGUCCCCACUUUGCCCAUUUUUCUGUUUUGGUUCAUCCUUUUUUAACAGCCAUAUUAUAAAACAUGGUAGUUUGAAUCCUGUUGCUGAUACUAAACUUUUCUCUAAAAUGUACUGAAUUUCGACAAAAAUUUGAAAAUAUCCUUAGCUAACUAGAAUAAAAAGGAUCAUAAAAGAAUGAUUUUAAAAAUGAAAUCUGUGGAAACUCAAAAUCCAAGUCAGCCGUAUUUCUUCAUUCAGAGCAUGUGUGUCACCUGCCAGGUGCCGAGUGCUCUCAUAACCAUGCUAGAGUAGUGAGCAAAGCCAUUUUCUCUGAUCACAAGAUUUUAUAUUUUUCUGGGAUUUUGACCUGCAAAAUAGUCUCGUAAGAGCAUUUGAGAAGCUUAUUUGGAACUGCCUUCAGAAUCUAUAGAGCUUUUUUUCUCUUUUUCCUCUAAAAUGAAAAGAGCUUCAUUUUAUAACAAAAGUGAUACUGUAAGCAGAACAGUAAGAAGUUAUAAAAGUAAAAAUCAUCUAAAACCCUACCAUACUCAAGAACUGUCAUGUAUGUAUACACACACCUAUGUAAUUUUAAUACAGUUAGAAUUAUGUUCUACAUGCUGUUUCAUUUCCUCAACAGUAAAUUAUGAACAUGUCUGAAAUUUGAAAUAAAUUUCAAAAUAAAGCUUCAGAAAGUGUAGUAAGUAAUCUGUGCACUAUUAAAAAUAAGCAGGGUAGGGCUGGUACGUGGCUUCCUUAGCGUUUGGAUGUCCAACUUGAUGUUAUCACUGCAUCUUUCCUCCUUUUGUCUUUGUGAUUAGCAUGUAAAAUGGUAUUCAUAAAGAUCACAACCCUUGAAUAUCAAAUGAAGAGAAAACUUGAUUUCAACAUCUUACCACAACUCUGGUUUCUUCCUGCAGAAUUCAUUUUCAGAGGAAAAUGAUGAAUCAUCCCUGUCUGUGAACCACUGUGCUAUCCCUGAGGGUGGCAUUGUAGGUUGACUCCGGCAAAGCCUCAGAGUGACUUGAGCAUGGAGAUCCUUCUGCUUGGCUGCUGUGUUCAUGCAUUAUGUUUAUUUGUUUGAUAUAUUGAUCCGAGUAGUCAAAGUGUCUUAAAAGGACACCUAUGUGUCCUUUUGAGCCCCAGCUGAGUGAAUAUUGAUAGUGAGCUAGAACAGCAUAGUCAAGGAAAGUGACCCAACCUUAUUACUUGACCAGCAGUCUAGCUGAGAGAUGUGAUUUUGUGUUCGUGGCUUUCUAUAAAGACACAAGGACUUUUCAAAGACAGUUUCUAUCUUUCCAAGGCAGGAAACUUUGCAUUUGCAAUCUCAGUAUUGUGUCCCCUUCUGAUUUCAAAUACAUCACACCUGCCUUCCUGUUUUGGGAGCAAAGAUGUAAUUUUGAUUCCCUGUGCUACCAUCCUUAUUUAAAUUAUUUCCAUUCUAAGAGAUUUUUGUUAUUUUUUUUAAAUGUAAUCUGAGCACUUUUUUUGUAUUCUAAAAGAUAGAUGCUAUCAGAUAAAUAUAUUGUUCAUUUGAUUAAAAUUAUUUAGAUAAAUAUUACUAUGUUGACUUUUAAAUAGCUUUAUCCUAUUCAUUCAUUUUGCAACUAUUUGUUGUGUGUAGUUUCUUAACAUGUCAGAGUCUAUUAUGUAAAAGAACCUUUUCAGAUUUCUGAACAGUAUAUGCUUUGAUUUUAUAGGCUUUAUAUUAUUUCAGUAUGAAUAAAGAUAAGGAAUAUGAUGGACAGUUAACUAAAAUGUAUCUGUCGUUGCUAACUUGAAAGAAAUGAAGUAGAAACAAUUGGAAAAUGAAUUAGAAAUUAUUCAAGUGCACAUCUUUUCUAAAAACCAAUGACUAUAAGGCAAACAAGUUUGAUUGCAUGUGGUAUUUUUUGCUCUCGUAUAUGCUUUUUGAACAAGUUAUUUGAUAAAGCCUGAAUGGAAAAAAUAAAGCUGUUUCUAUCUGCA